CUCGCACUUUGUGAUGAAACCCUAACUCUCUUAAAAGGCCUUCUUUCCAUCCUCUAAUUCAUCCCUUAGCUAGCUUCCUUCCUCUGCACAGAGAAAUAAUUCAUGGAUAUUGACCUCACCAAAUCCCCUGCACACCAUCAAAUGGAGAUGAUGACCAUGAUGAUGCAGCUCGACAGGCUUCCCGACCUCUCCAGGCGCCCUUAUACCAGUACCCCUUCCGACUUGCCCGAAAUCGAAUUCGAAUUCUCCGGCGCCGUCAGCCCAACCGGCAUUCAUAUCCACAGCCCCUCACCUGUAGUACUAACUCCCCCAACCAUGCCAUUCUUCACCACUGCUCCAGUUCAAGACCCAAUGGCCACUAACAUCCCCCCAAGAUUCAGGAACAUCGCUCCCAACGAGAAGCGAAACUCCAUGGAAGCAAUGCGGGAGAUGAUUUAUCGCAUCGCGGUGAUGCAGCCGAUUCAAAUCGAUCCGGAGGCGGUGAAGCCGCCGAAGCGGCGGAACGUGAAGAUAUCCAAGGAUCCGCAGAGCGUGGCGGCCCGGCACCGGCGGGAGAGGAUCAGCGAGAGGAUAAGGAUUCUGCAGAGACUGGUUCCGGGCGGCACCAAAAUGGACACGGCUUCGAUGCUGGACGAGGCGAUACACUACGUGAAGUUCUUGAAGAAGCAAGUGCAGUGCUUGGAGCAGGCCGGGGCUAGCCGGCCGAUGGGGUCGACGGUUGGGUUGUUCCAAACGACGACAACGGCGGCGAUGCAGCUGGCGAAUAUGAAUUAUUCAUCAUCUUUGGCGAAAGCUUGCCAGACGUCUCAGAUGGUGGGUGGGCUCUACUCGAAUGCUUAGGUGUUUGUGUGUGCGUGAGAGACAGGGAAAGAGAACGAAUCUCAAAGGGUUUUGUGUAAAUCCAUUAUUGUCAUGCAGCUUCAUCAUUAUGCGGUUUUGUAAAGAAAGGGUUUUUCUGUAUCGAUUACAGUUUGGUUUCUGCU